AGCAUGGCUGGACGACUGCUGCUCCUUGCAGUGUCUAUUACUGUGUGUUCUGCUGAGCUCUACACAGCUCUGGUAGACUUGGAGGAGUUGCUGGAGUCGGAAUCUGCGCUGCUGCACACCCUCAAGGACUACAUCUCAGCGCAGGAGCACAAACUGCAAUUAGUCAAGAAGAAGUACCUAGAGUUUACCAGUGAACACGACGAGGCCAGUAAAGAUCCAAACUUCUACCUGUCCAAUCCUCUCAACGCCUUCCUUCUGGUCAAGCGGCUCACGGUUGACUGGAAAGAUGUUGAGGCCACAAUCAAGAAUGACCUUAGUCAAGAGGCCAUGCAGAACAUGACGAUGUUACGAGAUAACCUCAAGUUCCCCACGGAGGAGGACCUGACAGGAGCAGCAGUGGCGCUUAUGAGGCUACAGGACACAUACCAUUUGAGUACCAGCAGUCUGGCGCGGGGAGAGCUCAACGGAGUACAGUACAGUACACAACUGACAGCGGCAGACUGUUUUGAGCUAGGCCGUCAAUCCUACAACCACCAGGACUUCUACCAUACUGUGUUGUGGAUGGGCGAGGCUCUGGCUAAACACGAGAUGGAGCGAAACAGGACCAAAGUGGAGCGCUGGGAAAUACUGGAGUAUCUGGCGUACUCCACCUACAUGCAGGGUAAUGUAAAGAAUGCGCUGCAGCUAACAGAUGAGCUGUUAACCAUACAGCCGAGUCACCAAAGAGCGCUUGGAAACAAGAAGUUUUACCUGGCAGCCAUUGACCAGGACGCCACUCCUCUGAACAUACAAGAUCGCAAGAGUACAGAAGACAGGCCGCUGGAUGAGCUGCCUGAGAGAGAUGUUUACGAGAUGUUGUGUCGAGACGCAGCCAGGCCUCCAGGCAGCAUUACGGCUCAGCUCAAGUGUAGAUAUGUGCACCACAACCGCCCGUAUCUCAGGAUUGCCCCAUUGAAAGAAGAAGAAGCGUAUCUGGACCCUAGAAUACUGCUUUACAGGGAAGCACUGUACGAUUCAGAAAUGGAUACUUUCAAGAGGAUGGCUCAACCAAGGCUCAGAAGAGCGACGGUGCAGAACUACAAAACUGGUGAUCUGGAAGUGGCUCACUAUAGGAUAAGAUGAGUGAGGUGGAGCAGGGAGGUGCCACAGUAUUUCCGGAGUUGCGUCUGUCGCUGUGGCCAGAGAAGGGGA